AUGGCAAACCAGCAUUGCAUAAGGAUAUUAACGCUGCUCAACUGCUUUCUGGCCAUUGUGAGAGGACAGUACACCCAAGGACAUGGCGUUGCAUACGACUCCAAGGCACUGGAAAGCAUAUUUGAGGCACGCAACCUUGAGCUGGGAUUCCCCACGCCACAGGAACGUGAACGUGUGCUGAGUGCUGGACUCUAUAAUCCUGAUGGCGUUGUGCCCAUUGAUGUGGAUGUAUACUACACACAUGGUGAUAAAACGCCCUCAAUAUUUGUGACCAUACCGCGAUUUGCAAAGGGCGUGCCCUACUCCCUGGCUUACGUGACCAACGAGGUGCGAGCGAAUGGAACCGAGUUGCGUGCCUAUCCCAACUACGAUUGGCAUCAAUCCCAUGGAGCCGACUGCAAUGGAUUGACUUCGGUGUACCGUACACUAAUUGACGAAUGUGGACGCAUGUGGAUAUUGGACAGUGGGGAGAUUGACUUUGUACAACACUGUCCACCACAGCUGUAUGCCAUUGAUCUGGCCAGCGGAAACAUGGUGCACCAUUACCGCAUGCCAAUGGGAUUGUACAAACCCGGAGUCAGUCGCUUUGUGACUCCCACUAUUGAGUUGGAUGCUCAUAAUUGCGAUGUGGGACAUGUGUACAUGGCUGAUUCCAUAGGCGCUGGCAUUGUGGUCUACGACGUGGCUGCACAGAAAUCCUGGCGCAUUGAGAACAAGUACACCUCUCCGCAUCCAGACUUUGGCACCUUCACCAUAGCCGGCGAGAGUUUUGAGCUGUGGGAUGGAACUGUAGCCUUGACACUGACUCCACAUGGACUGGCUGGUCGCAUGGAACGAAUGCUAUACUUCCACUCGUUGUCGGGUGAUUGGCAAAUGGCCAUUCCCCUGCAGGUGGUCAACAAUGCCAGCUUGUGGACUGGCAGCAUGUGGAAGCCCAAUGAUGUAACCAUCGCCUUGGAUCAGUUUGUGGUGCUGGGCAAGAGGGGAAGUCAGUGUGUAGGCACUGCCAUGAGCGAGACGGGAAUGCUACUCUGCGGCCUUGUCCAACCACCCAGCAUUAUGGCCUGGAAUAUACGUCAGCCGUACAAACAUGAAAAUCUAGCUUUAGUGAUCCACGAUGAGAAGCGACUGCAGUUCCCCAGCGGCAUGAAAAUUGUGAGGAAUCAUGAGGGAAAAGAGGAAAUGUGGGUGCUAUCGAAUCGUUUGCAGAAGGCUUUUGGUUCUGGACUCAACUACCAGGAAGUCAAUUUUCGCAUACAGAAAUGUGGGGUACAUGAGUUGCUCAGUGGUUUGCCUUGCCACUAAACGAAUCUCCUAAAAUUUUCAUUUUUGUGCUAAAACAAAACUUGAAAGUAUCAUAUUAGUAUUUUGCCUUUCACUUGGCAAGCCAGAGUUGCCACUUUUGGUCGUUUUCGCAAUUCUUCGACAUUUUUUAGUACAUUUUAAUGAAAAUUGAAAGUAUCAUUCUAGCAAAUUAUACGCGCGAGCUUAUGAAUCAUGUAUCAUAUACGAUAUUUAAAUAAAUUGUAAAUAUUUA